CUUGUUUGCACCAAAAUCAAACAUAGUGUUUUAAAUUAUUACAUACCAUAACGUUGUUCGUUAAAAUAAUGUAUCGAAAGUAGCGGGAAACUCCUCAUUUCAACUUCCAGAAACCAGCCCACACCCACGUUCCUUACUUUUCUGUGUGAUUUUCAAUUUUCAAAGGUUUGGAUUUGCAGACGUUGUUGCUGUUUGUUCAAAACUGAAAGAGUGAUGAUGGGUAUGGAUUUUCACGGCAUGAAAAGGAAGAGGCUGCAGGCUUUGUGCAAGAAACAUGACAUCCCUGCAAAUUUGAAGAACAAGGAAAUGGCAGACAGACUCUCCCUCAUUUUUAAGGGAAAGGAAAUAGAAGAUCCUGUAGGUUCUGGUAAUGUUGGAACAAUGAAAGACACCCCCCGUUGUGUUAGUGGCAAAGACAUAAAUGUGGAAAUGAUUGAUUUGGUGACUCCUGGCCCGGGUUUAGAGGAAAGGAGUGUUGUUUCUGUCAAGAAUUUGAAAAGUUCAGAGAUUGAAAGGUUGGAGUUUGAAACGAAUUCUUCCCGGGAAAUAACAAGGGGAGAUUUUGGAAUUUGUGGAGUUGAGGAAGACAUGAAAAGUGGACUCAAUGAGGAACAAGUUGUUAACAGUCAGGGAGGUUUGCAUUCAGCACCAGUUAUAGUUGCAGUAGAGGAAUUUAACAAACCUUUGGUGGAGGGAGAAGGCGAGCAUUUGGGUGGUGAAAAUAAUCUUCUUGAAGAUCUUUGUGAAAAUGGAAAGGAAAGAGAUGAAGCUGUAGAACAAAGCAACCACAAUAGCCCUCAAGGGUCAAACAUGAAAGAUGUGAAUGUUUUACAUGUUUCUCAAGAGGAAUCUGGUUACCCUAUGGUGGAAGAAGAUGAAGCUGCAGAACAAGGCCACCACAAUAACCCUCAAGCAAACAUUAAAGAUGUGAAUGUUUUACAUGUUUCUCACGAGGAAUCUGGUUACCCUAUGGUGGAAGAAGAUGAAGCUGCAGAACAAGGCCACCACAAUAACCCUCAAGCAUCAAACAUUAAAGAUGUGAAUGUUUUACAUGUUUCUCACGAGGAAUCUGGUUACCCUAUGGUGGAUAAAGAAGAAGCUGUAGAACAAGGUGACAACAGUAGCCCUCAAGGAUCAUCAAGCAUGAAAGAUGUGAAUGUUUUACAUGUUUCUCAAGAGGAGUCUGGUUAUCCUAUGGUGGAAGAAGUUCAGAAAUCUGAUGACAAUAUUUAUAAUGGUAGUGUCUACAAUCUCAUAAACAAAGGAUUUGAAGUUGAUGCCAAGGAUACUGAUGGAAAGACUAAUUUUACUGCUGAAUAUUGUGCACAUGAUGUUUCUUUUAGUUUAAAUAUACCAGGUGGGACACUAGAUCAAUUUCAGGGAACUUAUCCAGAAAAUGAAUCCAAUUCUAGUUGUCUUAAUAUUCAUCAAGAUACUUGUGAAGAGGAGUUGGAAACACCACAGAAGACAGGUCCCAUUGAAGAUCCAGGGGAAUGCAUUGGAUUUUCUCCCAAUAACCUUGAAAUUUCAGCGGUUAAAGGCUUUCUGGCUGAAACAUAUUUUGAUCCGAGUACACUUGGAGAUGUUGAGGGAACUUGUAACAUGAAAGAAAGAACACAAAGUGUCAAGAUGGAGGAAGUUGAACAUUUUAUAGAUGAGUUUCACUCAUCUACAUUUAAAGAUUCAUAUGGGACACCUGUUCAGUUUCUGACAAAUGAUGCAUUAAAUGAAGUGAAGUCUGAUCUUAAUAUUCAUGAAAUGAUUGCUUCAGAUAUAUCUGAUGCUAAGUUUGUAUCUUCUAGAAAAAGAAGUUUACGCCCAACUUCAGAGACAAUGAUUGGUUUUUCUCCGAAGCAGCUAAAUAAUUCAGAGAUUAAAGUGUUUCAGUCUGAAAUAAUUUCUUUCCCAGAACCACCAGCAGUUGACAUUGGAAUUUGUGAUGUAGAGGAGAACAUGCAUAUUGAUGUCAAUAAGGAGCAAGUUGAUGACAAUCAGCAAGUUAUAUAUGUAGCAUCUAGUGUGAUGGACUUGAACAAAGAGGAUCUUGUACAGGUUGCUUCAGUGGAAGUUGGAGACCAUUCGUUGGAGGGAGAAGUUGAGAAGUCAGGUCUGAUUGCUGAUUCGGAGGAAAUUGAUAUUGGAUUUUGUGAUGUGGAGGACAACUUGCAGAAUGAUGUCAUUGAGGAACAAGCUGAUAAUGAAAUUUGUAAUGUGGAAGAGAACAUGCAGAAUGAUGUCAAUGAGGAGCAAGUUGAUAGUGGAAUUUGUGAUGCGGAGGAGAACUUGCAGAAUGAUGUCAAUGAGGAGCAAGUUGAUGCCAGUCAGCAAGUUAUGCAUGCUGCAUCUAGUGUAAUGGUGUUGAAAACUGAGGAUCAUGUACAGGUUGCUUCAGGGGAAGUUAGAGACCAUUUGUUGGAGGUUGAAAAGGCAGGUCUGAUUGCUGAUUCAAAGGAAGUUGAUAUUGGAAUUUGUGAUGGGGAGGAGAACAUACAGAUUGAUGUCAAUAAGGAGCAAGUUAUACAUGCAGCUAGUGUAAUGGUAUUGAACAAUGAGGAUCUUUUACAGGUUGCUUCAGUGGAAGUUAGAAAUCAUUUGCUGGAGGGAGAAGUUGAGAAGUCAGGUCUGAUUAAUGAUUCAGAGGAAAUUGAUAUUGGAAUUUGUGAUUUGGAGGAGAACAUGCAGAUUAAUGUCAAUAAGGAGCAAGUUAUGCAUGCAGCAUCUAGUGUAAUGGACUUGAACAAUGAGGAUCUUGUACAGGUUGCUUCAGUGGAAGUUGGAGAUAAUUUGUUGAAGGAAGAAGUUGAGAAGUCAGGUCUGCUUGCUGAUUCAGAGGAAUGCAUUGGAUAUAUGCCCAAUAACCUCGAGCCUUCAGCAACUAAAGGCUUUCAGGCUGCAACAUAUUUUGAUUCAAGUACACUUGGAGAUGUUGUGGGAACCUGCAACAUAGAAGAAAGCAUAGAGAGUGAUCAGAUGGAAAAAGAAUACAGUCAGGAAGUUUUGAAUAUGGCAAAUGAAUUGCAGAGAUCUAUGGAGGAGAGUGAUCCAAUGGAACGAGAAGUUACAAGGUUGUUUGACAACUCUGAUGACCAUGAUGAUGCAGAUGGAACUGAAGCAGAAGACAAAAGUCAUCAACACUAUAUAAAGAGCGACAUGGAUAGCAUUGAGAAAUAUUUGCUGAAUGAUUUCCAGUCUAUUGAUGAUACUGAUGGACAAAAUUCAGAUGAGUAUGCUCCAACUGUGCCCCAUUCUGUUGAAAUGAAGUCAUGCACUUUUAACCUUCAACAAAUUUCUGCAUCAGACACUGUUUCUGGAGAUGAAGGUACUUUUCAAGAGAAAUUGGAAACACCAACAAAGUGUACACCAAUUCCAAGUUCAGAGGACAGUGUCGUUUUUUAUACUAAUCUUGAAUCAUCAAUGAAGAAAGAGUUGAUUGUAAAGAGUCUGCCCAUGAAACGUGCAAGGGAUGUACUUGGGGCUAGUGACAUGAAAGAAAACAUUAAAAUUGCAAAGAAGGAACAAGGUGGCAGGAUCAUAUCAAGGAGUGCAUUUCCUAAGAGGAAACCUCUACAAGAUCUUCAACAGAACUGAACUCCACAGCCUGUGAAGUUUUGAUUUCUGUCUGCAGUUUUAGUGAAUGAUACUGUUUCAGUUUGAUGGUUACAUAUUUAACUCGAUGACCAAAAUGCUUUACGGUAUCUAGUAUGAGAGAAGACAAUGCUAGUUUAUGAUAACUGUUGUGUCAAGUGUAUUCUUUUAUGCUUGAAUAACUUUUCUCUGCAUAAACAUUGUGUUUCCUGUAGCCUUUAUCAUACAUCGGAUUGAAAUUGUUACAUGGCACAAAUUGAAACGUGUCAUAUUGAAAUAUACAUGACUAUUUGGCAUGUAACGCAGAUUAGGAAUGACAUGAUCUUUCUUUUAUAAAAAAAUUCUCACAUUUUGUUUCUA